AUGCAUGCCUCAAUAUCAUCUCCGUCAUGCAAUCUCACAGGUCUUCACGAGACAGCGUUGGUUACGCUGAAACCCUCAGGAAUCGAGCGCCGAAACAGAUGUGAUCCGGAAGGCCGUUUAGUUCAUGACAAUUCAGUCGGAAGUUCGGUUGAUUUGAACGCGUUCGAUGUGUUGAGGCUCAGUCCAAAGGAUCGACAGAGAAAUUCGAAGCUGGAAGGUCAACUGAAAAAUGGGACGCAUUCGAGGGAUCAUGGAGUUUUGUUGACCUUCAACGAUCGUGAGUGUGCUUUUGAUUCGGUGUUUUUGAGUUUAGAACUGCAAUCUAACCUUGAUAUUAUUAUAAUUUCUCAAGUUUGAAAAUAAUUUUUCUAUUUUUUCAAUAGCCAAGAAUAGAUGGGGCAACUAUCAAUCUGUCGGGAAAAUAAUGUGGAUUUUUCGCAGCAAAAUGUCUCGUCACGUCGAAAUCAGCCAAAUUUCCCGCCGCGGUUAGCCAUCGAAAAUCUAUGACGGGUAACUCCAACUUGCAAAAAAUCCUCAUUAUUUUUCCGACAGACUGAUAAGAAUAAUUUUUUUGAACAUUCGAGCUUGGGUAGACAAACUGUCGAAAAAACCGCUUCAGCAAAAAAAUUUGUUUCAGAAUUAGCCGCUGCUCCGCAAUUUUCCGCCUCUCUGCGAUCACUCUCCUCCAUUCACAAGCAACAACGACGAUGCAGGUAA